AUGGCUGUGACUGGAGAUAGUGUUACCAUCAAUACAGAAGGCUUGGCAUCUUCAUUAAUUGAAGAUACGGAGUCCCAUGAUUUGCUUGGGUCACGGAAGUGCUGCAUCUUCAAAAUUCCCAAUCUACUCUACAGGCAAAAUGAAACAGCAUUUAUCCCAGAUGCAUUUUCUCUUGGCCCUAUACACCAUGGCCAUCCAAACAUGAGAUCCACAGAAAAAUUCAAAGUCAUGUACUUGCAUGGUCUUAUCACUCGAAUAUCGUCUCCAGAUACAAGGAAGAAAAGGGUAAUAGAUUUAGUCAAUUCCAUCAAAGAUGUGGAAAGAGAGGCUCGUGAGUAUUAUGCCGAACCAAUUGAAUACACUCCGGAAGAAUUUGUGAAAAUUUUGGUACUUGAUGGUUGUUUUAUCAUUGAGCUAUUUCGCAAGAAGGCCUAUGAAGAGCUUAGAGAACAAGAUGACCCUAUUUUUUCCACGUCUUGUAUGCUUCAAUUUCUAUACCAUGACUUGAUAUUACUAGAAAACCAAGUACCUUGGAUUGUACUCGAGCGUUUGUUCAACGUGACCAUACAACAAACCUACAACGAUGCUUUACUUCUACUUGCCAUUAGAUUCUUUGGGAGCACUUUUUCACCCAUACCACCACCUACCACAAUUUUGCCUCUCGAAGGCGUCAAGCAUAUUGUUGACCUGCUUAGAAAAUGGUUGGUUUCAUCAUCUAAAGAGGAAGAGAGCAACUCAGAGUAUUGGGAAGUCAUGCCUUCUACCACGGCCCUUGUAGAGGCAGGAAUUAAACUCGUGAAGGGUACAUCUGAAAGCAUCUUGGAUGUAGAAUUCAACGAUGGCAUUCUCAAAAUUCCUCCAUUAUUUAGCCAAGAGACCACAGAAACUGUUUUUCGAAAUCUUAUUUGCUUUGAACAAUGCUACCCGAAUUGUGAGUCCAGGUUGAGUUCCUACGCCGUACUCAUAGGCAACCUUAUUAACACUAGAAAAGACAUGGAUAUACUUUGUGAGAAUGAGAUUAUUGAUAGCUGGUUAAAUCGAAAGGAUGCAGUACAGUUCUUCAAUAAGCUUUACCAUUAUUCUUAUCUGAAAACAUUCUAUUAUGGAAGACUUUGCAAGAAAGUGAAUGGAUAUUGCCAACGUAGAUGGCCUAGAUGGCGUGCUGUGCUUGUGCGUAAUUAUUUCAACACUCCAUGGGCUAUGCUUUCGACAUUGGCAGCUAUUAUCCUAUUGAUUCUAUCUUUCUUACAAACUUUGUAUACCAUGAAACGCUAG